AUGUCCCGCAAAGGAUCCAUCGGGUCCAGGCCCAACUCGACAAUCUCGGUCGCCAGUGUCAUUCGCGACGAUAUCCCAGAACUUCUACCGUGUUAUGCUUCGUCACAAUUCGUCCUCCAGGCGCAAGGCUCAUCGAUCCUCUGCCUACAACACGACUCUCUGGCAGCGGAACGGCGGUUUGUCCGUCACAAGGAGAAUGUGACCAUCAUCGCCGUCGACAAUAUCAGUGAUGUCGUUGCGACGCGAGUCGUCAGCGUGGAUAAAUCCAAGACUGCGAUCGUUUGGGAUAUCGACUCCGGGGAAGUGCUCUCGCAGUACGAGGCGUACGAGGAUAUUCUGGUCGCAUCGUGGAUGAAGAACGGGAAUCUGGUCUUUGGUGAUUCCUUGGGCAAUCUCAUACUCUUCAACCCAGAAAACGCAGAUGCGAUAACGGCGCGCACGAUAUUCGACCCUCUGUGUGCGAUCGCCCCAACUGCCGACUGCAAAGCGUUCGCUUUGGGGUACAACAAUGGCUCGGUACUCAUUGCAGCUUUGUCGCCGGCUUUUACUAUACUGCACACUCUCACAACCACCUCGAUGCAGCCCUCAACCAUCACAACAUUAGCAUGGCACGCCUCUUCGUCGAAACAAAAGUCGGAUAUGUUGGCUGUCCAAACCAGGGACGGCGACCUGCGUGUGUGGAGUGUUCCCAAGUCGCUGGACGGCGAUGAAAGUGCACGGGUAGUGCGCAUAUUGAAGCGGCCCGAAGCUUCAGGACGGGGAAACAACUGGCUGGGAUGGUCUCGGAAUGGUCGGAUCGUACAGUAUUCUGCGGGUGCGACCACUGUGUGGGAUGUCCGGACGAAGAACGUGACCUGGGAGGAAGUGCCAACACCGAACAACGUCGUCGGAAUAUGCAUCUAUGGUCCGCAUGGAUCGUUAUUCACAUUGUCGAAGGAUCAUACAGUGCAGCAGUACAUGCUGUAUCCUCCACAACUGGUGGCAAAUAUCCACCACGACCCGCCGAUGCUACCACCGUCGCCACCGGUAGACCUUAUCGGAGAAAACGACGAGACCGCGGUGAUUGUGGUGCAAAACCAACAGCAGGACGAUUACAGCAUGACCGUGGCGUCAUCGAUGGGUCAUACACUACACGAGCCCGAACACCUGGAACCGAUGGAGUAUCGCGAGGAGGGUUUGGGAAUAGCCAAUAUCGUCGGUCAAAGACCAUCAUCAACAAGCUCUAGGGGAUCAAGGGGAAGCGCGGAGCUUCGGCGCAACUAUGGUUCUUCUGGACGCAAGGGCUCUACUGCCUCUAUGGAACCGAGAGAGCAAUAUUCAUCACCGCCAACAACAGAUCGCAAGGCGUCUGCUGGUUCCAUCGAGCAGAGGGAGCAAUAUUCCGGUUCACCGGUCGUUGGUCGCAGGCCAUCCAUCACCAGUCGCAAAACACACCCCCUGAGACACGAAAUUCACAUCAGCCCCGAGACGACACAAGUUCCCGUCAAGGCUCUUCCUGGUUCCCUCGCACAUGUUACCGAUAUCUUCGCAAAUCUGCGGAUACGCCUGAAUACCGUUACCUACGAGAGUCCUCGGGACGGUGGCCGUCAGAACAAACUUUCCGAGGAUGAUCACCGGAAGGAAAUGCUUUUCUGUGUCUUUGGCUGGAAGGGUGAUAUCGAAGAGCUGAUCGGCGAUGAGUUGGAAUCUGUGAAUGCUCGGUCCCUGAACUCACUGGUUCUACGGAUGUGGUUGGGUGACCUCGAUCAGAACUCGCUGGCUGUGAUGCUAGGCGCCGACUUCAGCGUCUCUGGGGAUUGGUUAUUUCUCGCUUUAAGCGCCAUGGGUGGCCAGAAUUCAUGGACCCACGUGGCAAGGGCUUUCGUCCUAAAGCUCUUGCAGAAGGGUGAAAUACAUACUGCAGUGCUGUGUCUCCUCGCUAUCGGCGAUAAGAAUGACGCUGUGGAAAUUUAUAUCUCGCACAAGCUAUACCUGUAA